UGGUUUCCGGUCUACUUCCUGUUUUGAUAAUGACAGCGUUGACUUACCCUUAAUGCAUAGCUCUUUUUACUGUUUCAUGUCUGCUGUAGUUGUAAGACCUUACACGUUUGUCAGCUAGGAAAGUAUCUGUAACUGUACGGCGUUACUAAGGAGGUGACGCCAUGGAGAGUCGUUGUUACGGCUGUGCAUCAAAGUUCAGCCUCUUCAAAAAGGAGCUGGGCUGUAAGAGCUGCGGUCGCUCCUUCUGUUCCAGCUGUUUGACCUUCAGUGCUGUGGUGCCUCGCCAUGGUAACACCCAGCAGAAGGUCUGCAGGCAGUGUCAUGGUCAUCUCACAAAAGGGGAACCUUCAAACAAUGCUGGAAGAUGGUCCCCUCCAGAAAACUACAAAAAACGAGUUGCUGCGCUUGAAGCAAAACAGCAAGCUCAAUCCACACAGGCUGGUGUUCAUGGAGGGAGUAGAAAUGGCAAAUUGGUCCAUCUACCAACCAAAGGGCUUAGCAAAGAAGACCAGGCUAUUGCUGAUAAGCUUCAAAAGCUAAAAGAAGACACUAAACCGAAGUCUAUCCCUUCUGAGAAAGAGAUAGAGUCACGUCUUGCUGCGCUGAAAGCUCCCAGCCAACCAGUGCCUUCUGCAGAAGAGAUGGAGGAUCGCCUGGCAGCUCUGCGGGGUCAGCCACCUCCAUCACAAGCCCCUCGACCAGUACACCAGCCCCCUGACACCAGGACUCAGACUGAAAAAGCUAAUGAUUUGAUUACUCAGAUGGCAGACGAAGCUGCCAUUGAUGACCAACUAUCAAGCCCAGAAGAUGGUGUAGAUAUGAAUGAUCUGAACAAAGGGGAGGGUGCAGCUUCAGAUGAAAACUUGGAAGACAACCAAGGAGGGAUCAGGAAGCUGGAAGCAGAAAAGGACCGUCUGCUCGAAGAGGCCAUGAAGGAGCUGAGGAAGGAGCACCACUCCCAGGAUCAGAUCCUCCACAUGGCCAAGAGGCUGGCACAGUUGAAGGGGCAGGACCCAGAUAAAGUAACAGCUGACGACUUCAAACAACCUGAUAGUGAAGAAGAAACAGAGGAAGAAGCUGUGAGGAGAGUCCUGAAACAGCUCUCAGAGGAAGCUGCACUCGAUGAAGCCAGCGGAUACAACAUUCCUAUAGAACAAAGUGGACCCAAGAACAGAGAGAAAAAGAAAACCUCUAAAAAAACAACCCCCUCACAGAAGAGCAAGACUCCUCCAGCCGCUGCUGUACAUCAGCCUUCAGACAGCGACGACGAGGAACUUCCGUGGUGCUGCAUCUGUAACCGUGACGCCACCCUCCGCUGCCACACUUGUGAUGGAGACCUGUACUGCAGCCGCUGCUUUCGGGAAGGCCAUGAUAAAUACGACAGGAAGGAGCAUCACACCAGUAGCUACACCGCUCCAAAGAAGAAGAAGACAUGAUACUAAAGACGUUUGUCCUAUUAAGCUGACCUCUAAUGAUUGUAGGGCUUACUAUUUAGCUUCAUGGGGUGUACAGUAUUUACCCUUAACAGAAAAAGAAAACACUGCAGUAAACAUCGUAGCACGUUAUCUUCCAGUGCCUGGCAUAAGUAUUAAUAAAUGCUGUCUGAUGUGUUCAUGCAUUUUAUGGGGCAACUAAAAACUUGUAUUUAUUGGGCUAUUAUGUCAUAAACACAGUAGCAGUGGAAAAAAAGGACUAUAAUGUUUGGAUCCUUUGUUACAAUCAUUUGUAUUCAGCUCCCAGUUGUCAGCACUACAUAAAAUCACCUUCUUCUGCAGAAUAAAGCUGCAGAUAUUUUGAGGAAUAUCCCUCACAUCCAUAAAUACAUCAAUAUUUUUCCAAUAAUUCUUUCAAUUAAAAAACCCAAUCGGAUUGGAUGGGGAGCAUCUCUGAUUGGUUUUGAUCUAAACUAUUCCGUUUUAGCUUUUAGGUUUGUGUGAAGGUGAUUCUCCACAAAUAACUCUUAUAUUUUCCUCCAAGAUGGCCCUCUGUUACGCUCCAUCUCUCUUUCUCUCAGUUGUCAUGCUUGCUGAUAAAAGCAUCCCUGCACUGUGAUGCUGGCGCCAUGCCUCAUCGUGCUGAUGUGACAGUAGUUCUCAGUUUCCACCUUAGAGGGGCUUUUAUAUAAUCUUAAAUAGUUAAUUUUUCGUUUGACAAAAGUACUUUUUCACAUAUUUCCUGUGUCCGCCAUAAGGGUUAUAUCUAGGUACCAAUCAGUCUUCUGUUGGGUUUUUCUGUUUAUUGUUUUUCAUCUCUGCCAGAAAGUCCAGAUUGGUUGUUUACACCACUCAGUUGGGGGGGGAAUGGAUUCUACCACCUGAGCUGUGGAAUUCUGCAGCUCCUCUCGAGUCCCUAAGAGAAACUUCCACAGAUGCCACAACUUUAGGUUUCUAUUUUCUAAUCUUAAUCUGUGUUAACCUCCUUACUUUCUCCCUGGCCUGCCUUCUGUGUUUAUGAGGCUGUUUGUUCACCAAUGUUCUCUAACAUACCUCAGAGGUCUAAACAAACAGCUGCAUUUAUACCAAACUCAAACUGCGUACCGUGGGUUUAAUUUAGUGAUUCAGUAACUUCAUGCGGUUGAACUUUAUUUUAGGGUAUGUUGUAUAAAAACUGAAAAAGAAAAAAAAAAUGGAUGCAACACAAUUCAGUUUAUCUGUUAAAAAUGUAUGAAAGUAUGUUUUUUUUUUAACUUCCACUUAAUAAUUUAAUGAUUGGUGUUGGUUUGAUACAUGAAUAUAUAUCAUCAAGAUUUGCAAUUGUGACAAAAUGUGAAAAGGUUAAAGGAGAUUGAUUCAAUUUGAGACAAAGUGGAAAAAAAAUAAAUAAAUUAAAGAGAUUAAAAAAUACUUUGUAAGGCUCUUAGCAGCCAUUAGACUAAAAUAGACGCAGGCUUUAAAUAACUGCAAAGCAAAAAGUUCUAUAUCUGAAACUCAUCUUUUAAAAAAGGUUGAAGAUUUUAAAUUAAGAACAUCUUAGAACCAUCGGGGGGAGAAAAAAGAAGCGUCAGGUCUGUUUAAAGCUGUUAUACGUUUUCAUGAGAACAAAGCCUUCUCUGGAGUGUACUUCGCACAGGUCACUAUCGGAGUAUUUUUAACGCUUUACAGCAGGCAGCAAAAAGAUCACAGAAGAAGCAAAAAACAAGUGAGCCCAAAAGAAUCAUUGUGGCAUUUGUUUCCUUUAAUAUUUAGCUGUGUUUCUGACAAAAUAUCUUAACUUUCUGUUUUUUAUUCAUUUUUUGUAUGCUAAGUGAAGCAAAAUCAUCUGCUUUGUAAUAAUUUUUUCUAAAACUAAUGGAAUGUAUCUGAGAGAAAUAUCAGUCUGUGCUCCAUGACUGUUUGGCCAUAUAGAAAGACUUUAUGAGUCAGAAUCAUACAAAUGACUGUAAUGGAGCUUUCAGUGAAAAGACCCCCAUGUAGGACAGUGAGAGGACCGUUUUUUAGCAUCCAUUAUUGGAUAGCUAACAGAAGGGGAAGCCAUCAUCACUCCCUGGGGGCUUCCUCCAUUAACGAUGGCCAUGUUUGCAUUUCUGGUGAAGUCAUGCAUCGCCACAGAGAGGAAGUGAAUGGGUUUAAUGGCUGCUUGCUAAAUGGAACAUCCUGUGGCUGAUUUCAGUGUGUUUACUUCUAGACCUGACCUGUCAACGCUUCUGUUGUUUCCAUCACUCUGUUGAAAAAUUAAUGUCAGAAAACAACACUGGCGGCUGGUCUUCCAGUCGGAUCCAGACGCUGAACCACCUGGCAGGAUGAAAACAGGGUUUGGUAGCAUUAAGGUUUCAUUGAAGCUGUACGUUUUGUGUAUGUAACUUGGCUGUGAAUUUUUUUUAAAUAUAACUAUUUUUAUUAAUUCAGUUCAAAAAGUAAACCUGUAAUUUUGUGCAGCGGUGUGAAAUAUUUCAAGCAUUUUAUUGAUGUUGAUUAGAAUUGAUUAAAGCAAAUGGCUUUCUGUUAAUUAAGGUCUGUAUCCUAGCAUUAUAAUUGAAAGUAGUAGAAGGAGAAAGUGGUAGAAUAAAGUAAAGUGCUGAGGGAAGUACAGAGGUGGCUGGUCACAGUCAGUGGUUUUAUUACUGCUUUCACUAGACCUCAUUCGCCUGUAAAACAAGUUGACCUCAUAUUAUAUAGACAACUCCUGGGUGUUUUUCUUGAAGAUGAUUGAAACCAAACAUGAUACUAAUUAGCUGAAGGCUGCUUUAAAUCCCACUGGGAUUUCUUUACAUCUCAGCACUGGCAUGGAUUUACCUGUUAGUUACUAUACAUUCCAGUGUUAAAAACUUCUCGUCUAAAACUGAAUUUUGGUUUCUCAUUUGCUUUAAGCCAAAUUCAAAGUUAACUGAAACAAAUACCAGAAUUCACUGAAAAAAAAUGUAUUACAUUUCUUUUUAACUUAUUUAAUUCAAGUAGUAAGUAAACCAUUUUUUUUUUCGAUACCAUGAUUUAUUCAAGUUGAACAUGUUGGUGCAUAAUCAAUGCCUAAUAAAACACACUGGUUCAUCA